GCCCUUGUCAGAUCACAUUUGCCCGGUCGAGUUGCCACAAUUCACGGAGGGCAGAUGGAUCGACGACUACGGACAGAAAUUCCGUGUAUCUACCUCUUCCUCUUGACCUCCCUGUCGCUACGCAUCAGCCCUGAAGCGUACGAUCCCCGGACAACGUUCACCGCAGCGAUAGCACGCUUCUCCAUAUUGCGAACCGACUCUGGACACGUAACUGUUUGCGUGUCCCACAAAAAUGCAGCACCUCCUCAACAAGGAUCCGAGUCAUCCUUGGAGUCAUUUGGUGGCACGCAAGCCUUGCAGCUGAGCGCAGGAGCAGGCAAAUGAACGCCGAUGACUG